CAAGUCACAUAAUUUUUCCACGACGACCACCUUUUUUAAGAAACCAUGCUGCGAACAGGACUACAAGCCGGCCUCCGAGCCGUCUCUCGGAAGGCCAACAACAAUGCCGGAGCCCUGCGAUUCAUGAGCAAGGAAAUCAAGUUCGGAGUCGAUGGCCGCAACGGAAUGCUCGAGGGAGUGAACACCCUGGCCGAUGCCGUCCAGGUAGGUGUCGGUGAUGUAUUGCACCGCGUUGUUUUGGCUUGUUUUGUUUCGAAACCCAUCUGCCGAGUCACACUCGUGUUUCCCGGGAAUCGGUAACGAGAAAAUUCCGUUUUUGCGCGAUUGCGUCAUUGCAAAAGGGAAUCCGAAAUCCAAUCUUGAUUUGAUUCGACGAGAACCCAGCCGUCGAUUUGGGUUCGUGUUUGUGUCUUUUUUGUUGGUUUUGGUUUCCACGAAAUUUUGGAUUUUCACCAAUCCCUUUUUGUUUCCUCGCCGUGAAUCUAACACUAAUCUCGUUCCGUGUGUGCCUGCUGUGCAAUGCAACGCAACGCAAUGGACCCACCGAACCCAACAGGUCACCCUCGGACCAAAGGGACGCAACGCCAUCAUCGCCCAGCCGUACGGAGCCCCCAAAAUUACCAAGGACGGUGUCACGGUCGCCAAGUCCAUCGACUUUGAGGAUCCCUUCGAGGACAUGGGGGCCCAGCUCAUCAAGAGCGUGGCGUCCAAGACCAACGACGUCGCCGGAGACGGAACCACCACCGCUACCGUUCUGGCCCGCGCCAUCUACUCGGAGGGAUGCAAGGCCGUCGCCGCGGGCCUGAACCCACAGGACCUGCGCAGGGGAAUCAACAUGGCCGUCGACUCGGUCGUACAGACCCUCACGGACAUUAGCCGGCCCAUCACCAGCAAGGAAGAGAUCGCCCAGGUCGGAACCAUCUCCGCCAACUCGGACGAAGAAGUCGGUGGCUUGAUCGCCGAUGCCAUGGAGCGGGUCGGAAAGGAAGGAGUCAUCACCGUCCAGGACGGAAAGACGCUCGACGACGAACUGGAGGUUAUCGAGGGAAUGAAAUUCGAGCGGGGUUACAUCAGCCCCUACUUCAUCACGGAUGCCAAGACGCAGAAGUGCGUCCUCGAAGAUCCCCACAUCCUGCUCGUCGAAAAGAAGGUCAGCAGCCUCCAGCAACUUGUCCCCAUUCUGGAGUCGGUCAUCAAGAGCCAGGGCUCUCUGCUGAUCAUCGCCGAGGACGUCGAGAGCGAGGCCCUCGCCACCCUCGUCGUCAACAAGCUCCGGGCGGGCAUCAAGGUCUGUGCCGUCAAGGCCCCCGGAUUCGGUGACAACCGAAAGGCCACGAUGCAGGAUCUCGCCCUCCUCACCGGCGGAACCGUCGUUUCCGAAGAAACCGGUAUGAAGCUCGAAAACACCACGCCCGAGAUGCUCGGACGGUGCAAGAAGGUCGAGGUCGACAAGAACAACGCCAUCAUCCUCGGGGGCGUCGGUGAUUCCGAGGGACUCAAGGAGCGGUGCGACUUGAUCAAGCAUUCGAUCGAGACGACGAAAUCCGAUUACGAGCGAGAGAAGCUCCAGGAACGACUGGCCAAGCUCUCGGGCGGCGUCGCCGUCAUCCGCGUCGGGGGCGCCUCCGAGGUCGAGGUCGGGGAAAAGAAGGACCGCGUCGUGGACGCCCUCAACGCCACCCGCGCCGCCGUCGAGGAGGGCAUCGUCCCCGGUGGGGGCAAGGCCCUGCUCUACUGCUCCACCAAGCUCGAGGCCGUCAAGGAGGAGAAGGCCAAGAACAUGGACCAAAAGAUCGGUGUCGACAUUGUCCUCAAGGCCCUCCAGGCCCCCAUGAAGCAGAUUGCCACCAACGCCGGGGCCGAGGGGGCCGUCGUCGUUGGCCACCUCACGGAGUCCGAGACCCCCAUCGAGACGGGCUUUGACGCACAAAACGGAGUCUACACCGACAUGUACGCCGCCGGAAUCAUCGACCCCACCAAGGUCACCCGAACGGGCAUUGUCGAUGCCGCCUCCGUAGCGGGUCUCCUCACCACGUCAGAGGCAAUGAUCGUGGACAAGCCGAUGGAGGGCGGGGCCGCCGCUGCCCCACCGAUGGGUGGCAUGGGAGGCAUGCCCGGCAUGAUGUAAGAAAAAAACCCAAGGAACCACCGCAACGGGUGCGCAGCUGGAAACAACCAUCGGAACGCACGCACGCACGCGGGCAUGCAUCGAUCGGGAAGGGGCGCGGCGCAGGACAAGCCAUCCCUCCGAUCCCCUCUCGGAGUUCCGGAACGCGGCGGGGCGACACACAAACCCUGCUUGCGGCGAUCGCAUCGCGGUGCGGAAUGGUUAUGCUUUCGGGAGCCGUAGCCUUUUUUUGGGGUUUUAGUUGGACUAGGUAUCAUUAUAAUUAUUAGAAGAACAUACAGAACUAGUGUUGCCCUCGAUGUAGAAACGAACAAACAAGACUCUGGCCU